CUUUACCUGACAGAUAUUUUCCCAAGUCGGGAGCGACUCGUCCUGCUCGUCCUACCAGCGAACUAUCGACUGAGAUGGAAAUCAGCAAACUGUCAGUGCUUCUGUCAAUUAUCGGUGUCAUGAUGAUCUGGCCGUAUGUACUCACCGAGAGUGCAUCACCCAGAGUGCCGUUUGCAGAUGGUGCUUCUUUGCCUGCAGGCCAGGGAGAAAAGCAACAGCAUGUGGUUAAGCGGUCGAUGCAGAUCUGUGAAAGCGGAUAUGACCACUACUGUUUGAACAACGGCCAGUGCAUACUGCUUGUGGACAUCAAUGAACACCACUGCAAGUGUGAGACAGGCUUCAUUGGUUCCAGGUGUGAGAAACUGGAACUUGUUUCGGGGGCAGAGGGUGAAAAGCAAAUCAUUAUCAUCACUUUCUUCGUGAUUCUGCUGAUUAUAGGAUUGGCUGGAGCUCUGUACUUCUUCUGCAGAUGGUAUAAGAAGAACAGUUUUCGCCCUCAGCUAAGGUGGCAGGGUUACAAAGGAGUCCAGAUGGCUUAGAGCAUUUCACGCUCUCUUGCAGCAUCCACUGCUGGAAAAGACAAAUCAAGAUUUUUUUUCCCAGUUUUCUAAAUGCAACUUUCAACAUAUCAAGAACAUCUUGGCAGUUCAGUGGCUAGCUUACUAAAUUGUUCCUGCCUCCUUUACACUGUACGUCACAAAGCUUUAUCAAGCAGGCAGAUCACAACAAAGAGGUUAAAAUGGUCAGCUUUGUGUGCGGUGGGAUUGUUUUCCAGCUGCACUGGUUCUAAAGUUGCGGCACCUGUUACACUCAGUUUGAAAAGAUGAAUAGUUAGGCACACAAAAACAGUUUCUGUGGGUGACACCGCCCACACGAUACUGAAAAAUUAAUGGAAAAUAAACAAUUGUGAAGCAGUAACUAUAGUAGCUUGGAACGGAACAAAAAAUGUUGCUCCGAAUUUCCUGAUAACUAGCAGAAUUGAUCAUAAUCAAUACAAUAAUGUAGGUUCCUCACUUUGGGAUUUCUGGUUUUUGCUAGAAUGCAAGUCUAAUUUUAGAAUAUGAAAGGCUUUUCUGUGCUUCAGUGAGGCUGUGUUAUCUUUUGAAUCAACCUUCGAGAUCCUAAAAUAGAACUGGUUAAAGAUGUUUUGUUUGUCUUCCAGUCCUGUCUACUCUGACUUAACAUCCUAAAAUAUAGAUUAGGACUGUUUACACUGUGGUUUGAACUUUGUUUUUAAUUUAUGCUUGUGCCUAGCUUUUAGCUUUUAUUAGAUAUUAUUAUGUUUUUGUUUUCUUGCAUAAGUAUGAAAAUGGCCACUAUUACUGUUUCUAUUAUGAUGAUGUUACUUUAAACUGGCCAAUGAGUGUGAAGUUUUGAGCUUUAACACUUGAAACUUUGUGUAGUGUGAAGGUUUCCUUAUUCUUAAAAGUUCUGUUAGUAAUGUUUAUACUCUGGAAUCUCUGUCUGUGUUUGAAGCUACAAAGUAUUUAUUUUUUUUACUUUUUACUUUUUUUAUUUUUUAUUUUUGUAUCUUUCAAUGUCUUCACUCAUUCUUCAGGUGAUAAGGCUGCAGCAGUGAGGCUUCAAAUUCUUCUCAAGCCUUCUUGCAGUUUUCACAUUUUUCCUACAUGUCAUUAAUAUCUGUCUUAAAUAUAUAUUGAUAUGUAUUUUUUUAAAUUUAUUUCACGCUUUUUUUUUCGUCCUUUACAUUUGAAAAAGUAAGAACACUUUUUGCUGUACAGUUUGCAAAAUAAUCUUCCUUGGGCAGUGUUAUCUGGUCUUGUACCAGGGGAAAUGUUGCUGUGCUGAUGGUGAUGCUGGCUUUUGCACUUCUGCUUCCUUCUGUGAGUUUGGCACAGAAAUGUUUUGCAAAAACCAGGUGGUAAGAGCUUUGGUUCUUCUGAUAAAACUCUAAGAACUCCAUCUCCAAACAGCUUUCCUUUGAGUUGUUCUUCAUUCGAGUCUAAUAAAAGACUGACAAAUUA